AUGUUUGCGACUGUUCAAUCAGCUAAGCCGAAAGACCAAAUUAAGUGGGAGAAAUUGAAGGAAAAAUUCAAUUUCCUAAACGGCAUUAUAAAUUAUAUAAUUAAAUAUAUAGAAAAUUGCUCGAUACAUGGUCUGCACUUUCUAAUUAAAGACGGUUUAACACUUUUCGAAAGAUUAUUUUGGUUAAUUUUAGUAAUAUUGUCGCAAUAUUUUUGCGUAUAUAUUGCUAUGUCUUCAGUGUAUAUAUACCAGACCAAAAAUACUCAUGUGGGCAUAGAACGUGAUUUCUACUUCUGGAAUACCAGUUUACCAAGUGUAACGAUAUGCCCAAUGAAACGUAUUGAUGACGAAAAAUUUGACGAGUUUUGCGACCAUAACGAUAUAGUACUUGAUCGUAAGAAAACUCUUCGAGAUUUCUUGGAACAAUUGGCAAACUCGACUUAUAUUAAUUUCAAAUAUUUACCCGAUUAUGGAUCUAUAUAUAGAACUUUGGACAAAUUGAACGUGAAACCUCAGCAAUAUAUGGAAUUAAUUUAUAACGUUACCGCUGACAUGACCAGUAAUCCAAUCGACAUGUAUCGUGCACGUUGUAUUCACGAUAAUGCAAACAUUAAGGUUCGACAAGUGCUGACGGAAUACGGUUUAUGUUAUUUAACUAAUAAUUAUCUCGGUCAAAAAUACACAUCAAGUUUUUUAAUUUAUGGCCAAUAUCCAGACAUAAAUCCAUUCGAGGCAAAGAAACCGUUCAGAAAAAUCUUGAGUGGAUCAUUUUUUGACAAAGAUGUUUCAUAUACUUUUAUUGGAUUUCCCGAAAGUAUCGACCUCUUCGUACAUAGUCCUUACGAUGUAAUGAAAGUGGAUAGCAAUUUUGGCUACGCUGAGGACCACUUAGAAUUCGAUCCUGUGACAAUGGAAAUUGUAACCGGCACAGGCUUCGAUGAAGCUUCAGUUAGACAACGUCAUUGCCGUUUUCCUCACGAAUCUAAUUUAACUCAUUUUCCCAUUUACACAAAAAAUAUAUGUUUGCAAGAAUGCCGCUUAAAUUUAGUUUACAAAACCUGCAAAUGCAUACCGCAUUUUUAUCCUAAUCGCUUCGGUAAACCGAAAGCAGUUUGUGAUUAUCGAACGCUUAAGGAAUGUGUCGGGCAAUAUUCAGAUCAAUUUCUAAAAAUAUUUGUCGUAAAUUCGGCGAAGGACGUUGCAAAUAUCAGUAAUAAAAAGCUGAAGAAAGCACCCUGUUAUUGUGAUCAAAAUUGUGAAGACUCAGUGGUAACUAUACAAGCCGUGCAUGUAAUGCUUUCCUCUAAGCCUUUGCUAGGAAGUAUUGGUGCCCAAGUCUCGAUGAAAACAUGGCCACGACAGCGUUUAAAGAGAAUUAUUAUCUUCAACUUUUCUGAUUUAUUGGUCUACAUUGGUGGAACUGCAGGUCUGUUUAUGGGUUUUAGUGUUCUGGGUGCUUUGGAAGUUGUAUAUUUUUUUACUUUACGUCUCCUGUUUCAUUUGUUAGGUUAUAAAUUGUAAACUUUUGGCUUUAAUGAAAGCAACAAUUUUUUCUUUUUAUUAAUGUUUUAGUAAAUAUAUUUAAUCUAUUUAUUUAUUUAUUUUUCUCAUUUAUUAACAGAAGCCUAAAAAGCUUACUAAAACUUGCUUAUUACGACUAAAAAAGUUAAAGAACCUAAAAGAAUAUUAUUAUAUACAUAUGCUCAGAACACACAUGCUUAACU